AAAAUGGCCGUCACGACGACGCCCGAAAUGCUGCCCGCGGCGCCGCAAUGCACUCCUGGCGCUGCCCGGACCCCACUGGCGCCGUGCAACGACGCGCUUCCCUCGACCACCAAACCGAGCCCACUGCCGGACCAGGCUGCUCUCGCGCCGCGGCCGCCCGCUGUAGCCCAGACGCCGCUGCCGCGCGCGUCGGACGCCGUCGUCGCGACGCCGCGGCUCCCGGCGCGGACGCCGCUCCCGCCGCCGCCGCCGCCGGAGGUCGAGUGCCAGUGCUGUUAUGAUACCGUGCCCGUGACGCAGACCGUGACGUGCGCCGCGCGCGCCGCGCACACGGUCUGCGAGGGCUGCGUGCGCCACCUGGUCCAGGCGCGCAUUGGAGAGGGCUCGGCGAAGCCGCUGACGUGCCUCGCGGGCGGCGCCGGCUGCAAGGCGCCGCUCCCGCACAAGGCCGUCGCGCAGGCGCUCGCGUCGCCGGUGCGGCGCCAGCGCGACGCCAUCGUCGCGCGCGCGGAGUUGAUGCGGGCGAACAUCGAAGGUUUGCAGAGCUGCCCGUUCUGCCCCUACAGCUGCGUCAAGCCGGCCUUGUUCACGGACGCGCCGGAAGUGUUUCAGUGCGAACACCCCGCGUGCGGCAAGCGGUCCUGCACGCGGUGCAAGGGCGAGGUCCUUCCGUUCAAGCCCCACGCCUGCCCCGAAUCAGAAGAGACGGACGCGUUGACGGACGCGGUCAUCCGCGACUGCCCGCGCUGCGCGACGCGCUUUUAUAAAGAUGCGGGGUGCAACAAGAUGCGCUGCCCGACGUGCGCCGCCGAGUCGUGCUACGUGUGCCGGAAGCUCAUCACGGACAAGGUACCCUACCUCCAUUUCUGCUUCUGCGACUGCAACGUGUCGCGGCGGGGCCACAUCACGCGGCGGGGCGCGACGGCGCGGGAGAGGUGCCGCCUCUGCGGGAAGUGCUCGCUCUGGCACGCCGACGCCGCGCAACCCGCGUUGGAGGAUACGGGGAAGCGGUCCUGCGCGUGCGUCGUGAGCUGA